AUGGUGACAGGUGUGUGCCAUACCGAGCAGCCUGGUGACCUAGAGGCCGGAGAGGGAGCAUACGUGAUAAGCACUGGAGAGAGAGCAUACGUGACACAGACUGUGGAGGCCGACGUCAAUGGGUUGAGGAGGGUGCUGGACGAGCUGACCUUGGCCAGAUCUGACCUGGAAAUGCAGAUGAACCACGAGGAGGACCUCUUGGCCAUGCAUAAUCAGAUGAGCGGCCAAAUCAACGUGGAGGUGAACCCUUCACCACAGGAAGACCUCACCAAAGUCAUGGCUGAAAUCCGCGACCACUACGAGGCCGUCUCUAACAAGAACUGUAAAGAUCUGGAGGGCUGGUUCAAUGCCAAGAAGAAAUCAACAAUGUCGUGGCAGGCAGACAGCACAGAGACCCUCCAAUCAUCCAGAUCUGAAAUCACUGAAGGUAAGCGCACACAGUAAAGUCUGGAAAUCAAACUCCAAUCCCAACUCAGCAUGAAAGCAUCCCUGGCUGACACACAGAGCCACUAUGCCAAUACGAUGGCCGGCUACCAGAGGCAGGUGACCAGCCUGGAGCUUGGUCAUCUUCGUGCUGACCUGGACCGCCAGGGCCAACAGUACAGAAUGCUACUGGACAUCAACACCAGGCUGGAGAUGGAGAUCGCUGAGUACAGGAGGCUGCUGGAUAGUUUUCCAGGUGAGCCUGGAUCUUUACAUGAAUCCUUGAAAAACAUUGGUCUUGAAAUGUGAGUGCCAAAAGUAAUUAAGCAAAAGUAGGCCUUUCUAACAAUAUUGUCUCUGCCUCUACGGUCCAUCAACCACCACCACCACUAAUACCUUUUUGCAGAAGGUGGUGACCUAUGUGCAGGAGAUUGUUGACUGCGUGGUGGUCAGCACCAACUGCAAGAGACCGUGUAUGAAGAUAAAUCUUGAAUUGGGAGCCACACAGAACAGAACAAGUCAUCUGAUGCCUGCUGUCAACCUA